CGACUAAGGGGCGGGGCGUUGAGACCCGACUAGCGAGCGGGCUACUCUCCCUCCCGACGCGUAGCGGUCAUGGCGGGCUCCAGGCUCCCUCGGCAGCUGUUCCUCCAGGGCGUGGCUGCCGUCUUCAUGUUCGCCUUCGCUUCCCUCUACACGCAAAUCCCAGGCCUGUACGGCCCCGAGGGCAUCCUGCCCGCCCGGAGGACACUGAGGCCACAGGGCAAGGGGCGCUGGCAGCAGCUGUGGGAGACCCCGACGCUGCUAUGGGAAGCGCCCCUCCUGGGUCUGGACACUACGCAGGGCCUGGAGCUGCUGAGUCUGCUGGGCACCCUGCUGGCCAUGGGCGCCCUUCUGCUGCGCCCCCUGCGCCACCUCGUCACCUACUUGCUGCUCUGGCUUGCCUACCUCUCGGUCUGCCAGGUGGGCCAGGUGUUUCUUUAUUUCCAGUGGGACUCCCUGCUGCUGGAAACUGGUUUCCUGGCCCUGCUGGUGGCCCCCCUGAGGCAGACCCGCCACCACAAGCAGGGUGGGCAGGCAGGAGCCUCACCCCAUGAAGACCUCCCGUUUUGGCUCGUGCGCUGGCUGCUGUUCCGCCUCAUGUUCGCCUCAGGGGUGGUCAAACUGACCAGCCGCUGCCCUGCAUGGUGGGGGCUCACUGCCCUAACCUACCAUUAUGAGACGCAGUGCCUCCCCACUCCAGCCGCCUGGUUUGCCCACCACCUACCUGUCUGGCUGCACAAGCUCAGCGUAGUGGUCACCUUCCUCAUAGAGAUCGCAGUGCCCCCUCUGUUCUUCGCUCCCAUUCGGCGCCUGCGCUUGACUGCCUUCUACUCCCAGGUCUUACUGCAAGUCCUCAUCAUCCUCACCGGCAACUACAACUUCUUCAACCUGCUCACCCUGGUGCUCACCACCUCCCUGCUGGACGACAGACACCUCGCUGCUGAGCCUGGCAACGCCCGCCGCAAGAAGACACGACCCUCUGGGCUCAAGUCUAUGCUGGCCGCACUAUCACUGCUGCUGGAGCUGACCAUCUAUGGGCUGCUGGCCUACGGCACUGUGCACUGCUUUGGCCUGGAGGUUGACUGGGAGCAGUACACUGUUCACUCCAGAACCACCUUCACCUUCCACCAGUUCUCCCAGUGGCUGAAGACAGUGACCCUACCCACUAUGUGGCUGGGGGCAGCCUCCCUCACCUGGGAGCUGUUGACUGCCCUCUGGAGGUGGACCCAGGUGCGAGGAUUACUGCAGAAGCUCUUUACUGGUGUCCAACUGUCUGUCUUCGGUGUGGUCGUCGUGGUGUUAUUCAUGAUCAGCCUGGUGCCGUACUCCUACGUGGAGCCCUCCACCCACAGCCGCCUCUGGACCACCACGCACCGUCUCUUUGGCUCUGUGGAGCACCUGCAGCUGGCCAAUUCCUAUGGCCUCUUCCGCCGGAUGACUGGUCUGGGUGGGCGGCCUGAGGUGGUGCUGCAGGGCAGCUAUGAUGGCCACCACUGGACGGAGAUUGAGUUUAUGUACAAACCUGGCAAUGUGAGCUGGAUGCCCCCAGUUGUGACGCCCCAUCAGCCCCGCCUGGACUGGCAGAUGUGGUUUGCAGCUCUGGGGCCGCACACGCACAGCCCGUGGUUCACAAGCCUGGUCCUCCGCCUGCUGCAGGGCAAGGAGCCAGUGAUCCGCCUUAUCCAAAAUGACUUGGCUAAGUACCCUUUCUACAAGCAGCCACCCACUUACAUAAAGGCCCAGCUCUACAAGUACUGGUUCUCACAGCCUGGGGAGCAGGGUAAGUGGUGGCGCCGCCAGUGGGUGGAGGAAUUCUUCCCUUCUGUGACCCUGGGGGACCCAAAGCUGGAUGGACUGCUCAGACAGUUUGGCUUUCAGGACAAGAGCCCACCUCGGGCUCGCAGCUCCAACACUCUGACCCAGGCCCUCCAGUGGGUACGGGAACAGCUGUCUUCCCUGGAGGGCCCCACCGUGCUUUGGGGCCUCCUCGCCACUGUCGGGGCCAUUAAGGUCAUACAGGCUUUGCUUGGACCCCGGUCCCUCCGGCCUUUCCCUCCGGCCCAGGGAGAGAAGCACAAGCCAGCCCCCAAGAAGGACUCAGCAGCAAAGGAGUCAGGUGCAAAGGCUGCCCCAAGCUCUGACAGCAGCAGCAACAGCUCCCGGAACUCCCGGCGGAAAAAGUAGCUGUGUUCUGCCAGCCACUUUCCCAGGAGAGUCAGGGCACCGGGCCCAACCUGGCCUUCUGCAGCAGCACAAGCCCCGCUGUGCCUUAGGCCACUGCCACAGCAGAGUUGCUGCCCUUGGGUGGGCUCUGACUGCCCUACUCUGAGCGCCCCUCCAUCAGCCAUGUCCCUCCCCAGGACACUGUGGCUUAGAGGAUGGUCUAGGAGGUGAACAUGUAUCCCUACUCAGGGACCUUCCCAGGACACUGCACUCAGGAAUAGGGGAGGCAGUUUCCUGCUGCACCCACUGAAGGGGUCUGCACCCGGUCCCAGCUCCCACACAGGAGUAAGGGAAAGAUUACCCUGAGAUGUCAUCUCACUAACCCAAGCCAUCACACAUACCCAUGACUCUUUAAUAAAGAUACUUUUGUACUUGA